UCCAGCUGCUCGCACUGUGCCCUCCCCCAGCUCUAUGCCAGGCCAGGAUCUCACAGAGGACAGCUGCACUCCUCUUCCUGCCUUCCUCCAGCCACCUCCAGUACUCCAGGAGAGGGACUGGAAAUGGAUGUCAUGUGGACAAAAACGAACCUGGUAUCCUGUUAAAAAAGCCACAUAAAUGAUGCCUGUUUUGUUUCCCAAAAAAUCUCAGGGGACUGUAAGUUCUCGGAGAGAAGACAGCAGGAAAUCUUGGGAGCCCCAGCUCAGAGACCAGGAGGAAUCACUGUCUGAGAUUUGCCACCCAAAGUUCUAUGCUUGCUUUGACGAGAUCAAGUUCUUUAGGUGACUUUUCCUGGUCUCAAAGAAAGCUCAUUACUGUGGAAAAACAAGAUAAUGGAACAUUUGGAUUUGAAAUUCAGACUUACAGGCUCCAGAACCAGAACUCGUGCUCCUCAGAGAUGUGCACUCUGAUUUGCAAAAUCCAGGAGGACAGCCCGGCACACUAUGCAGGCCUGCAGACUGGUGAUGUCCUUGCAAAUAUCAAUGGUGUGAACACAGAAGGCUUUACCCACAAACAAGUUGUUGACCUGAUCAGAUCUUCGGGAAACCUGCUAACGAUAGAGACUCUUAAUGGAACAAUGAUUCUCAAAAGAGCAGAGCUUGAAGGAAAGCUGCAAGUUUUAAAGCAAACCUUGAAGAAAAAAUGGGUGGAGUUCAGAUCUCUGCAGUUACAGGAACAGCGUCUGCUUCAUGGUGACACAGGUAACUGCCCAAGCUUCGAAAACAUGGACAUAGAUGAAUCGGUUUUGUUUGGAAUGCUGCCGGGGUCGGGCUCAGCCCUCCUGGACCGGAAUCGACUAUCCAGUGAGAGCAGCUGUCUGAGCUCCAUGACAGUGGACAGCGAGGACGGCUACCAGACGUGUGUGUCUGAGGACUCAAGCAAGGGAGGCUUCAGUCGACAGACAAGCACAGAUGAUGAGUGCUUUGUCCCCAAGGAUGGGGAUGAUUUCCUGAAGAGGUCUGUUUCCAGGAGGGACCGAAGUUUUAGUUCUGCCAGCAGUGGGUCCAUGUCACCCUUGUGGGAGGGCAACUUCUCAAACAUGUUUGGGACCCUGCCCCGGAAAAACAGAAGGGGAAGUGUCCGGAAACAACUCUUAAAAUUCAUCCCUGGCCUUCACCGUGCAGUGGAAGAGGAAGAGAGUCGCUUUUGAUGGGUUGUCUUGACCUUUCAUAGUAGCUUAUUUCGUAAAUAUCUUUAGACUUGUUUAGACUAUCUCCACUCAGCCUGGUGGGAAAUUGCAGAUGGAUUGCAAAACUGAAACACCAUACUAUGACAGUGUGACCUUUAUUUAAAUUUUUGUACCAUAAGUUUUGCUUCUUAAAUCUUUUUUUUUUUUUUAACCAGAAAAGCUCAGGUUAUAAACAGAAAGUAAGGGAAUUGAGUAAUAAAUUGGAAAAUAUAACAAAUUAAUGGACAUUUCUGUUCAUUCUAAUGUUGCCUGGGAAGGCAACGGUAAAUAUUUAUUUUCUAGAUUAUGUGGAAAAUUGAGAACUUUUCAGAGUCAAGGGUAAAUAAAAGAGUGAAGGAAUAUAAUUAUUUGGAUUACCUUCCAUACGUUCAUUGUAGGUCAUAAAACUUUGUUUAAGAUCAGUAGCCUCCAGGGAGGCUUAACAAUAGGUGAUUUUGAAUGUUUCUGUUUACAUCUGUGAAGGAUCAUAAACCAGAGGAUCAUUAGCUUUUUUUCACAUCCACAUCAACAAUAAAGCAGGAGGUAUAAGAUACAAAAAGAGCAGGAAGUAUAAGAUUCAAUAUGAGGGUUUGGGAUCCAUGGGAACAUGUUGUCUAAGAUGGGUGCUGAGCAAGAUUAUGAUAAGGGUUUUUAGAUAGACAGCCUAGACAAAAUGGGUGAGAAUGUCAUUCUUACUCAAUUUAAUUUUUGUUCUGCCUAAACGUUAAUGGGGAGUCUAGAAUUCUCAAGAUCCUGCAUAUAGCUUUGUAUUUUUUUUUUUUUUUU